CCACUUUCAUGUUGUCGCGAAAUGCUCAAUUGAAACAAAAAAAAUAUUUUAAGGUUAUAAUCUUUCGACUUCCGCAUUACCUCGGUCUGAAGUGUGUAACUUUACGGAGUAGUGAUGUCGCCUGGUUUCGUGGCUCAUUGAAGUGAUGAGCUAACAUUCAUCUGCUUAAAACGCCAGGAUUCGUCUGUUUAAAAUGUUAUAUUUAUUGACCGCUGUAAUAGCGGCAGCACUCCUCGCUUCGCAUGCUUUGGGGAAAACUGUGACGGGACUUUUUAAGAGCGAAGUCGCGAGACUGCAAAAAGGCCAAUUCAUCACUAAAUUUAUGUAUCGAGGCGAUGCAGGUUUGCUGAUCUGUCAGGUGGACAACCCUUCCUUAGCUGCAGAGAAGGAGUCCAGACUACUGCUGUAUCCAAUUGUGGAUCAGGACUGGGACAACCUGAGCUGCUCUGAAAUACUCACCAGAGCCCAGUUCACUAUAUCUCUCAGUCAAGAAGAACACAACCAGACCAUCCCUUAUCAGUCAUCCCCGACAGUGUGGAAGGCUCUUUAUGCAGACCGAUACACAUGUCAGGAGGCUACAGCGAUUCCCUCUCAUGGCGAUCUCAGGUUUACUGUCCUGCUGCUGAAUUCUGAUUCUGCUGGAAACCCUCUGGAGCACUUCAGUGCAGAAGAGGCAGGUCUCCACACUUUUUACUUCCUCCUGCUGCUGGCAUACUUUGUGGCUUCUUGUAUCUACAUUAAGCCUCUGUACCAGGCUCUGAGGAAAGGUGGUCCCAUGCACACAGUCCUGAAGGUGUUGACCGCUGCUUUGGUCUUGCAGGGAUGUUCCACCUUCUGCAACUACAUUCACAUGGCCAGGUAUUCCAGAGAUGGCAUUGGUAUUCCACUGAUGGGCAGCCUAGCUGAAUUUUGGGAUAUGGUGGCUCAGGUUUCUAUCCUGUACACGUUAUUGAGUCUGUGUGUGAGCUGGACACUGAGUCGAGGUCGGAAACCUCAGUCACGACCUUUGCAGUGGGAACAGUCGCCAGCGUCCACGGCUGUUGCGGUCGGUGGAGUGGUAACGCAGGGUGUGCUGCUGCUCUGGGAGCAGUUCUCUGCAUCGGAGAGUGAACACCACAGCUACCACAGCCGUCAGAAUCUGGCGGGUAUACUCCUCAUGGCACUGCGGGUGACGUUAGCCCUCCUGUUGGCCUCUGUCCUUUACCAGAUCAUCUCCACUGAAAGGAGCACCCUGAAAAGAGACUUCUACCUCAGCUUUGCCAAGGGAUGCUUCCUGUGGUUCCUCUGUCAUCCUGUCCUUGUUCUCACGUCUGCCAUCUUCAAUGAGUACCAAAGGGACAAGGUGGUCACCAUUGGGGUCAUUCUGUGUCAGUCCAUCUCUAUGGUGAUCCUCUACCAGCUGUUCCUGUCCCGUUCCCUCUACUGGGAAGUCUCCUCACUGUCCUCUGUGUCGCUGCCCCUCACAAUGUCCAGGAGCAACCAGAGGGGGCGUUACUGAACAUAUGCUCUGGCUUGGGUGCUCCUCACUGGUACGCAAGCUCAACUAAAAGCCGACAAGACAGCAUGCGUCCCGCUGCUGGGAACGCACAACAUUUGCUGGUUCUGGAACAGCCUGCCUGUUGUGACGCCAGACAACCAAAUACAGAACCACAGAGAAAGAGCGCAAAUGAUUUGGGACCAAUAAGAACAGAAAAGGGAAGGACUGAAAUGUCAGUUUAAAGGAAAUGUCUAGCUAUAUGUGUUUUCAUAUAUAUUUAUAUAUGUGUAUAAAGGUUAAGGUUAAUACACAGACACUUUGGGAUAUGGCAAACUCCAACUAUAGACGAAUGGCAGUUUUUAGCAGGUAGACUACGACCAUGAUCGCUCUGUCAAACAGGAAACCACUUUGCUCUGGGAUGGACUGAUUGGACUCCUGUCCAGAUCAUUCCCACCUCGUGAACUCUCAACUGCUAUUUCUAUUCAAAUGGAUAGCCUGGCAUCUCAAACUUUACUGAACAUCAAGAUCGGGGGAAGGUCAACCGUGGUAGGAUUGCUGAAGCCAAGUCAGCCAGGAGAGGAGCUGAAAAGCUAUCGGCCAAUCUGUCUCAUCUGAGUGCUGUACAAGAUUCUUGAGAGGCUCCUUCUGGCCAGAAUCUAUCCAGCUGUUGACCCCAACUCCCAGAAGAACAGACUGGAAUCGUAAUCAAGAUAACCAACAAACUGGCUUUGAGAAAGGACACAGGGUGACGUGGUUCUGAAGCUCUUGAAGACAGUCCAGGUUCAUUGCCAGUGCCCUUGCGAACCACAGCUUCAUUCUGAAGAUGUGAUGGUUAGUGUAGUCGUCCUAGAUGCAUGCCAAAUGGGUACCCCAGGGCUCUGUCAUGGAAACCAUGUUAUUCAAAGUCUACAUCACAACAGUGGAUACGGGCCUCAUUGCAAGAUACCUGAAAACAUGGAGACAUAAGUUGUUUACCUCUUGGACAAUGGAGUACUUCUAUCAUACAACACCCACCCAUGUCCUGGAGGGACAUGUCCUGAAAUCCUGCCCCAGCCUCAGGGUAUAAGACCUCUUGAAGAUGAAACCUUUCUUGAAGAAUUGCGUGAUAGCUGCUGUUCCUUAACGAGAGAGAUUACUUAAUGGAUUUACAGGGAGAGGCAGUGGGUCUGAACAUCAAAUUGAUGUGGGAUGAAUGACUGUUGGGAAGCCAUUUUGAGUAAGAGCCAAUUAAAAUGUGAAUUUAUUAGCUGGCGAUAUAUGUCAUAUUUGUUGCAGUAGACCUGUUUUUUUGAGUCUUCAUUGGCGGAUGAAGGUCAUUAACCUCAGACUUUCUAAACGAUUUAUUUACAGUUGCAAGUGCAUGACAUAAAAAUGUAUCUCCACCUCAUUUAUGACACAAUGUUUCUGUUAAAGUGUGUUGGGUUUAUGUACAUUUAAAAAUAUCCUCUUUUGUGUUACUGAUCUUGAUGGUGUUUUAUGCUCCUGUGGAAAUAUGUCACCCGAAAUA